AUGGCCAUAGACGACAACCACAGCGACGCCGACUCGCUCUUCGACGACGACGACGGCGACGAUGGUGGCGAGUACGCCGGCGCGCCUGCAUCAGCGCUGCUUGGCCCCGACGGCGGGAUACCGCCGGCCAAGAGCACCGCGCCCAUCCCGGGGCUGUACGUCUUCCCGGGCCUCCUGCCGGCCGACGUAGCGAGCACCGCGCUCCAGGCCAUUGCCGACGCGGACCACUUUGCCGGCGGGCAGCGCGACCAGGUGAUGCUGUUCACGGCGCCCGGCGGCAGCCUGCCUCCACACAUCGCGGCGCUCGACGCGGCCGUGCGCGCGCUCCUCGCGCCGGCCCUCCCCCCCGACACCUUGGCACUGGCGUUCGACCAGCAUCUCGCGCGCCAGGCAAUCCUCAACCUCUACCCCCCCGGCGCGGGGAUCAGCCCGCACAUCGACCUGGCGGGACGGUACGCCGACGGCAUCGUCGGCGCAUCGCUGGCCGGCGGGUGCGUCAUGACCUUCCUGCGUGGGCAGGAGCGGCACGACGUGUACCUCCCCCCGAGGACGGUGUAUGUGCUGUCUGGGGAGGCGCGCUGGGAGUGGGCGCAUGGGAUCGGAUACCGCGACACCGACGUUGUCGAGACCUAUGGGCGACAGGUGACGAUGCCGCGCUCUCUUAGGGUCAGCGUCACGUUUCGGUGGAUGCAGGAGGGGGCGGGGGUGCUGGCUUGAGGUUUAUUGC